GAUUUUCUGACCUUCUGAGACUUCUUCCAAGUGAGAUCAUGGCGGAGUAUUUGCAGUCGUAUGCAGAGGCUCUGCAGGAACGCUUGGAGCCCUUUCCAGAGGACGAGAUGUGGGACUCAACGGAUCCUGAAAAUGAUGGAGAAGAUUCCAAUUCAGAAGGCUACAGAUCGGAGUCUUCUUUUGAAGAUGACUUCCACUUCCCCAGCUAUGAAUUCCUGGGCUCAGUGCGCUUUCGGAAGGGCUAUUCAAUACCAUCCCUGAACUACUCUCGCAUGAUUGCCCUGAGCUUCAAUUUGCCGCAAGUGGUUGGUCACAGCUUGGUGGGAGAGGAGAUUUUCACGCUAUUUUUGGACCAACCCUGCACAUCUAUCUCAACGGACACUCUGAUCUCUGCCAUCAGUGCGGUACUUGGAGCCGAUCCACUUUCUUUGACGCUUCUGAGCGAAGGUGUCCCACUUGAGCCUGACCAGAUGUUGGGUGAUGCUUUGAACGCCAUAGCGGUCAGGCAGAGACUCGAUACCGGGCCGCCGGUGUUGGUAUGUGAACGGCGGAGCCACAACUCCCCGGAGACUUUGCUGGGGCGCCCCUGCCAUGUGGACGUCAAUCUGAACUACUUUCCUGGACCAGGCAUUGCAACAAUUCAAGCGAUCCCAGAGACAAGAGAAUUUGUGACCAGGGAUCGCUUUGAUAGCUGGAUGAUCUACACAAAGCUGGAGGUACUGCAAUACCAACGACCGAGUGAAAAGCGCUGCCGCCGCGAUCUCUUGAAACCGCGAGGUUUUUUUCCUCGAGCACCUGCCUGGAGUUUGCCUGAUGGGUGUCAACGCUGGGGUCAUGGUGCAGACGUUUGGAGCGCCACGUUUGCCUUGCCAAACAUCAAGAGGCUGAUGGAUGCUCAUGCUGAAUGUACAGCAGACAGGCCGAUCCCUCGCUACCAGAUGAUUAUAGAUCCAAACCAGUUUGUCCGACAUACGGAGGAAGGCCCUGUUUGGGUUCCUUGUGAGUUCGAUGUAGACAGCUGUGGGCGUGCUCAACUGGUUGGUGGGACCCGCAGCCAUCAGCACCCUGAUUUGGCUCGGCAGGUUGCGUUACCCAUCUUGGAGGCGUCCCUUCCUUUGCUCGCCAAGUUGAGACGACCACAGCUCCUGCUGGACCGGCGUAGGCUUCAGGCCGUUUUCAAAGCCCAGAGAAUCAUACUGCCGCCGAAAGUGGGAGAGGACCAUGAAUCAGAAUACAUUGGCAUGUGGCAUGUGGAUGGACAUCGUGAAGAUGUGGUAGCUGUGGCCUUGUACUACUACCAUGUGGACUCUGCAUUGGAGGGAGGUGACAUGGAGUUCUGUGGCCGCGAGCCGUUGGAUGUUUUGGCUAUUGCCGACGCUGGCGACAACACAAGCUCGUUCGACAAAGCUUCCUUGAAAAAGGCACUUGUUGACAACAAGAUCCGCUGCCGUGUGCCCAUUUGUGAAGGAACGUUGCUGGUGUUCUCCAAUCACCAGUUGGUGCACCGUGUCCUUCGCAUGAUCAACAAGAGCGGCAGUGAGGCUUCGCGAGAUUUUGUGGCCUUGUUCAUCCUGAAUCCAGCCAGCACACCGCUGGUGCCAUCUCGAUGCGUUCUUGCAAAGCAACAGAUGCUCACGCGGACCUUGCGGCCAUCUGGUCUUCCUCCAGAAAACAUCCAGGCAAUCUUGGCUUUGGCUGGCAUUUUGCCCACAGAAGAGUAUGCGAAAGAGCUGCGGAACGUUUUGCUCUCGGAACAGCUGAAACCUACUGGAGAGUUCGUGUCUUGACCGUCUUGACCUCUCUUAUCACAUGCAGUGCAGGGUCGUGUUGGGGUGGUGUGCUCGGAUCAUCGAGGGACCUUCCUCAACUUGACACAGGAUGGGGGACCACGUAGGCUACGUAGACCAUGCCAACAUUCAUUUGUGGCCCAUUUCAUGUUUUCAAGUUGAAACCCUUUUGCCUGCUAACUCUUUCGUUGCUGAUUUGGAACAUUGUUGGCAUUGACUUGCGCCUCAGGUUGGCAGACAGCAAAAUGUGCAUGCGACUGGAAAUGGCUGCGUGACAAUGGUAGGCUGGCUCCACCACAUGCUCCAGGAAAGUCAGCCUCCAUCGUGGGAUUACCCGCGGGACUUCAGUCCUGGAUGGAAGCACUUCAGAGCUCUCAAUCGCGCGCCUGGAAAGUAGCUUGCUUGCAGAAACACAAUGAUACAGCUGCGUGGGCGAACCCACUGACAUGCAACCUGAGGCAGCAAGGGCGUGACCGUCCUGGACUCCCUGAGACUGUAAGAGGUAUCCUGUAUCUAUUCCUCCCUGGAGAACUCUCCACGAAGCUGAAUACAGAACUGAGGUAGGUAUAGAUGCGUGAUGAUAUCAUGAAUCAUAUGAUACAUGACCAGUGUGCGCCCGUGGAACCACAACUGCCCUCUCUAGGUGACUGUAUGUCCCCUCUCAGGCUGGGUCGUGGCAUCUCGGAGGUCUUCUCCAAGGGCAGCUCAGACCUCUCCUCAAGCGAGGCACCAUCCUUAGCCCAUACGUGAAAGAAAGCUGGGAAUUGUGACCCGUGCGUGCAUCUCAUCACCACCUCUUCGCACUGCAGAGAUCCUGUGGGAGUGUUCUGGGAGAUCGACCUUAGUUUCUGGGUUUGAGUAUUCCAGAUGCUGUAGCUCUUGGCUGCUGCCACCUGAAUCUGGUCGCGCUUCAGCGCUGUUCUGCCAUUAAAGCUGAGCCUUCUGUUUUCGUAGCUUUGUACAGGAGCAGAUGCAUCACAGCACGCUGCAGUGUGGACAGAUGUGCUGCCUUUGCUUAAAGAACUGGCCGCCCGAGCAGAGCA